ACCCUGUGACCAGCAGGUGUAAGUAACUAGCUCGCUGACGUACUGCGCACGCGUCACGAGACACGAAGAACGAUGCGCAAGGAUUUCUUCGCGUCAUCUACUAAUGAGUUUGCUAUCAUCAAUGACAGACAGUCGUGUUUUAUACGUUUAGCCAGAUGGACCGUAGUAGUAUUACGGUGGCGGCGGCGGUGACGGUAGUAAAAACGACCCUCAAUGGAACUCUACGCGAAGUACCAUACAUCCCGCGAGAGGCUUGGGACGCCAAACCGCCAAAAAGCGUAGAGAAGUUUGCCGGACCGAUCCCGUAUGUAAUCAUCCACCAUUCGUACCAACCGGGAGCAUGUCUGACUGGAUCCGAGUGCUGCGAAGCAAUGCUUUCCAUGCAGAAAUUCCACCAGCAGGAUCGAGGCUGGAAUGAUAUUGGGUACAGUUUUGCUGUCGGCGGUGACGGCCGUAUCUACGAGGGACGAGGAUUCAAUGUUGUAGGAGCGCACGCUCCUCGGUACAACGACAAGAGUGUGGGGAUUUGCAUGAUCGGAGAUUGGACGGUUAAUCUUCCUCCGGAAAACAUGAUCGCCGCUGCACAGAGCCUCAUAGAGUACGGUGUACGUAAUAAUAUCAUAGCGUCUAACUACACGCUUAUUGGGCAUCGGCAGGUGAGGCCCACGGAGUGUCCCGGGGAGAGGCUGUUCAAGGAGAUUCAGAGUUGGCCGCACUAUUCUCCAAUGCUAGACGUUGUCGACCCCAACAGUAUUAGAACAUAGACUGAAUACAAUAAAAAGUAUCAAUGUUAAAUAGUUA